GGAGAGAGGAUAGAAAAGGGGAGGGGGUAAGAGAGAGAGGGAGAAAGAGAACAGUGUGCAUGUGGAGAGAGAGAGAGAGAGAGAGAGAGAGGAAGGAAGGCUUGAGGCAGCAAAUCUGGACCAGCGCUCAAACACUGCAGUGUCUCUCUCCAGCUUCUCUUCUCUCUGUCCGUCUCUUCCUCUCACUCCUUCCUCCUCUUUCUCGCUGCUUGGCCAUGACCCCGGUGGACACCCUGAUCUCUUUGCCCACCUAGAGAAGAGAAACCUUGUGGCGGAGGAGGGGGGGGAGACGAGAAGAAGGGACACCGCACACUUUGCCUCACUGAUGAGAGCGGAAAUGUAUUAACCGGCGUCAGCUCUGAGUGCGGAGCGCAGAGAAGGACCCAAGUGUGAGGAGGUGCAGCAGCAGGGAAAUUAGAGCGAGUUGAAGAGGGUGAUUUGCUUGAUGUGUGAAGAAUAGACUGUAGAGAGAGGCAGAGAAACCUCUCGACACUUAUUAGACACCAACAGGACAAGUUAGGGCAGAGACAGGAAAUUGGAAUUCAACAGGGAUACUAUUUCGAGAAGCCAAAGAAUGGUCACAUGCGUUGUUCAUCCUUUCAUGCUUCUUUUCUAUCUUCCUCCCUAAUUCAUAACAGCAUCCCUUCCUUUCACCUCUUUAUUCCUUUUUUUUUUAAUGCAUGUCAGCAAAAGCACAGCCUCACUCAUUCUCAGUGGAUGUGUGAUCUCUUACCGAGUUGCGUAGAACUUGAUUUUGGCUGAAGCAGGGGUGCUGUUGACUUCCUUGCGGACAGCACCUGCUGGGGAAAUUUCUCAUGAUACCAGGUAGGAGGUUUCUGGAUCAUUUUGUCAACCCAAAGCAGCCGGAGCCCUCCGGUCAUUUACCUGAUUGAGGCGUUACGAGAUGAAACUGCAAACCGGUUUAUCUCCAAAGAGCAUGACACCUGUGUUUGAGGGAUUACAGGGAGGGAAACAGAGAUGUGCAGAUGUGUAUGUGUGUGUUGGGAUUAUGUCCUAAAUACACAGAAUUACACAGGUGUUGCAGCAGGAUUAUGCAAAGUCUCCUGCUGAAUACAGUGGUACUGUAGGAUUAAAGAGAGGAACACAAGUCAAGGGAAUGGAUUCACAUUAUCUUCAACAGAUUAACUCAGAUCAAGUGUGAUCACACUCGGGGGUGUAAUUGAAUCAGCAGUUCUGGGGUUGUGACAGGGGUCAGACUUGUUCUGAGGAUAACUGAGGUCCUCUCUCAGCCCUCCGUGGAAUAACUCUUGUCCCUCACUGUGGACAUUGCACCUGAAACAAACAGAGUUGACAGUUAAAGACUCUAAAAGCUCAUUCCACUUCUACGAUGAGACGCUCGAGCACAGACGAGACUCCGUACCGGCGGAGUCCGUCCUUGGACAGUAAACCCGACUCGCCACCGUUCACUUCUGGUUUUCACCGCUUCAGUGGAGAGUUUGAGUACAAGCGGCCGCCGUUUGCGUUUGGCUUCCACACGACAAAGGGGCCGCAAACGUCCAAGGGGCGCUACGCCCAGGGGAAGAAGUAUGUGGUGUUUUACCUGGACCUCUCCUUCAUAUUCCUCCUAGAACUGCGGCGCUGCAGGAUGGCCGAGGGUUGCAUGAUGGCCCUGCGAUACGGGAUGGUCUUCUUCAAUCUUCUUUUCUGGCUGGGAGGAUGCGGCAUACUGGGGGUGGGGGUCUGGCUCUCGGUGACCCAGGGAAACUUUGCCACCCUAUCAUCAUCCCUUCCCUCCCUGUCAGCGGCCAACCUGCUCAUUGCGGUGGGGACCAUCAUCAUGGUGAUCGGCUGUCUGGGCUGCGUGGGCGCCGUCAAAGAGAGUCGUCCUCUGCUGCUGACGUUCUUCAUCCUCCUGCUGCUCAUCUUCUUCCUGGAGAUUCUGUCCAUCAUGCUUUUCUUCAUCUACCAAGACCAGUGUCUGUUUUUAGACCAGCCCCUUCUGCUGGGCUUCCUGCUAAUGAAUGAGUGA